AUGAUAAUAAUAUAUCUGAAUCAACUGUGUAGCUGCGAGGUGAAAUCUGCUAAAAACCAAAAGGUACUGUCCAGGAAGAAGAGAUACCUGUCUUUCCCAGAAGGAAGUUCUGCUGUGUUAAAUCUCUCGUUUGCGAACUCGUACAUCUGGGACUACAGCCCUUUACCACGUCCAUCCUGGAACAGCCUGUGUGAGGCAGACAUUGGGUUCAAGCUCCCUAACAACUCUCGAGUGUUUUACGGGUCCAGGACCAGAAGAAACCAGAGGAGCUACCGCCUGCACAGGAGCGAGCGGCUGGAGCUCUUCCGCAACGUUGAGUGCCUGCUAGACCUGUUUGGCGUUGAAGGUCGUCCAUGCUUAAUCAGGACGCUUUGCGAAGCCAAAAGGGUUCUAAAACCUGGGCGGUCACUUGUAGAAGAUAUCCUACACACCGUGUUCACAAUCCCAAGUGGACAAGGAGAUGAAUUCGAAGCGGAGGGAUACAAUGGGCCCAGAAGUGAAAUGUUCUGCAAGUCAUUUGAAAAGCGCUGUCCAUUUUCCUUGCUGGAAUACUUGCUUUAUGAUUAA